UCAAACAUUUCUGUCAAAUCUAAUAUGUCAGAACGCGGAGAAAGAGCUCCAAGCAACAUGUCAACUAGAUCUGCUAAAUCUGCAAAGUCAAAUGCUUCAGCGAUGUCUAAGAAAUCAAGAGGUUCUGCAAUUCCUUCUGAAAACUGUGAUGACGCUUCGGAAGAAGAGACUGAAGGGAGAUCAGUGAGCUCAAUGUCUGUCCACUCAGUUAAAUCAAGCAUUUCUGCAAGAUCAAAUAAGUCAAAAUGUUCUGCUCAUGUUUCAGCUGAAGAAGAGCAAACUGAAGAAAGAGCAGCGAGCAGCAUGUCAGCCAAAUCAGUCCAGUCACACGUUUCUGAAAUAUCUAUAAAGUCUGCAGAAAGAGCCCCGAGUGGUUUGUCAACUAAAUCAGCAAAGUCAAAUGUUUCAGCAUUAUCUAAGAAUUCAAAAGCUUCUGAAGUUCAGUCUGCCAAAACUACUGGCACUCCUGAUGAAGGAGAUGAUGAUGAAGAGGAAGCUCCAGAGAGAGCGCAGAGUGCCAUGUCAGCCAAAACUGCAAAGUCAACUAUUUCUGUAAUGUCUACUAAGUCAAAAGGACUGGAUGAUCCAGCUGAGGAAAAUAUAUCUGAUCAUGAGGAACACGCAGAGAGAGCUCCAAGCAGUAUAUCAGUCAGAUCAGCAAAAUUAGCAAAGUCAAAUGUUUCUGCAACAUCUAGAAGAUCGAAAGUUUCUGAAGUUCCCCUGGAAGACGGUGUUGACAAUCCUGAGGAAACAGUUGUUGAAGGGGAGAGUGAAGGGAGGGCAAUGAGCUCAAUGUCUGUCCAGUCAGUUAAAUCAAGUAUUUCUGCAAGAUCAAAUAAGUCAAAAUGUUCUGCUCAUGUUCCAGCAGAAGAAAAGCAAACUGAGGAAAGAGCAGCGAGCAGCAUGUCAGCCAAAUCAGUCCAGUCACACGUUUCUGAAAUAUCUAUAAAGUCUGCAGAGAGAUCACCGAGCUGCAUGUCAGAAAAAUCCAGCAAGUCUAACAUUUCAGCAAGAUCAAGUAAGUCAAAAUGCUGCGACGGUUCAGAUGGAGAAACUGUUACUGAAUGUGAGGAAGAGAGAGGACCUAGUGCUCUGUCAGUGAAAUCAGCACGGUCAAACAUUUCCGUGCAGUCAGUUAAAUCAAGCAUUUCUGCAAGAUCAAAUAAGUCAAAAUGUUCUGCUCAUGUUCCAACUGAAGAAGAGCAAACUGAAGAAAGAGCAGCAAGCAGAAUGUCAGCCAAAUCAGUCCAGUCACACGUUUCUGAAAUAUCUAUCAAAUCUGCAGAGAGAGCAACAAGUAUUGCAUCAGUCAGAUCGGGAAAAUCAGCUAAAUCAAAUGUUUCUACAUCAUCUCGAAGAUCGAAAGUUUCUGAAGUUCCCUUGGAAAAUGGUGUUGACAAUCCUGAGGAGGAGAGUGAAGGGAGGGCAAUGAGCUCAAUGUCUGUCCAGUCAGAUAAAUCAGAUAUGUCUACAAGAUCAAAUAAGUCAAAAUGCUCUGCUUAUAUUCCAGCUGAAGAAAGCUCUGAGAGCCCUGAUGAAGAAAAUGACAAGGAGCAAACUGAAGAAAGAGCAGCGAGCAGCAUGUCAGCCAAAUCAAUCCAGUCACACGUUUCUGAAAUAUCUAUAAAGUCUGCAGAGAGAUCACCGAGUGCUUUGUCAGCUAAAUCAGCAAAGUCGCAUGCUUCUACAAAAUCUGCCAAAUCAAAAACUUCUGAAGUUCAGUCUGUCAAAACUACUGGCACUCCUGAUGAAGGAGAUAAUGAAGAGGAAGCUCAAGAGAGAGCACAGAGUGUCAUGUCAGCCAAAACUGCAAAGUCAACUAUUUCUGUGAUGUCUACUAAGUCAAAAGGACCGGAUGAUCCAGCUGAGGAAAAUAUAUCUGAUCAUGAUGAACAUGCAGAGAGAGCUCCAACCAGUAUAUCAGUCAGAUCAGCAAAAUCAGCAAAGUCAAAUGUUUCUGCAGUAUCUAAGAAAUCGAAAGUCUCUGACAUUCCUCCUGAUCACGUUGCUGAUUCUCCUGAAAAGGCAGAUGAAGAGGAGCUUGACGAAAGCAGAUCAGUAAGUUCGGUCCAUUCAGUCAGGUCAAGUGUUUCUGAAAGAUCAAAACGUUCGGCUGAUGUUCCAGAUGAAGAAAGCAUCGCCAGACCUAAGUCACAUGCUUCUACAGCUUCCAUGAAAUCAAAUGCUUCUAAAGUUCCUCCUGAGGGGAGCAAUGAUGAGGAAGAAACUCCAGACAGAGCAGAGAGUGUGAUGUCUGCAAAGUCAACUAUUUCUGCAAAAUCAAACAAGUCUGAAGUCUUGUCUGCCCCAGCUGAAGAAAAUGCUGUGGAAAGAGCUUCAAGUAAGAUGUCAAUCAAAUCAACAAAGUCAAAUGUUUCUGCAAUAUCUAAGAAAUCAAAAGCUUCUGAACACAGCACUGAAAUCGCCGAUGCAGAGACUGAAGGGAGAGUGAGCUCAAUGUCAGCUCAGUCGGUCAAGUCCAACAUCUCUACCAGAUCAAAAUGUUGUGAUGCUCCAGCUGAAGAAAGCUCUGAGAGCCCCGAUGAAGAGACAGAGCAAACUGAAGGAAGAGCAGCAAGCUGCAAUUCAGUCAGAUCAGUUCAGUCUCAUGUUUCUGAAAGAUCUAUGAAGUCUCCUAAUGCCCUGUCAGUGAAAUCAGCAAAGUCACAAGCUUCAGCAAAAUCUGCAAAAUCAAAAGCUUCUGAAGUUUGUUCUGUCAAAACUGCUGAUGAAGGAGAUGAUGAAGAGGAAGCUCAAGAGAGAGCACACAGUGCAAUGUCAGCCAAAUCCACACGGUCAGCCACGUCUGCAAAAUCAAGAACGUCAAAAGUCCCUUCAGAAGAAAACACAUCAAAUGACGAGGAAAGACCAAUGAGCACCCUGUCAACUAAAUCAGCCAGAUCUGCCAAAUCAACACAGUCACAUAUUUCUGCAAAAUCAAAAGCCUCUAAUGCUCAAGGGGAAGAGAAUCAUGAGGUGGCUACGGAGCGAGCGCCAAGCAGUACCUCCGUCAAAUCAGCAAAAUCAAGAAAGUCGAAUGCUUUAGCGGUGUCGAAGAAAUCAAAAGCUGCGGAAGAUGGCAGUGCUGAUGAUGAAAACAGCUCGAUGUCUGCCAAAUCAAUGAAGUCAAAUGUAACAUCGAUAUCUACAAAAUCGAAAGCUUCUCACUGCCCCCAAAAUGGAAACGGCGAAGAAGAAGGUGGAAAUGAAGCUGAAGAGAGAACUCCAAGUGUCAUGUCAAUUAAAUCCUUAAGGUCAGACCUGUCUCUGAGGUCGAGGAAAUCAAACGUUUCGGAACAGACAGAAGAGGUAGAUCAAACAGAGAGGACUCCAAGUGUUUUGUCUAUGAAGUCAAAUGUUUCUACAAAAACCAUGAAGUCCAACGUAUCUGAAAUGACCCACAGUGAAAUGACUGCACAUGAUGAAGAAAUCGAUGUAAGAGCACGUAGUGCAAUGUCAGCUAUAUCGGCAAAAUCAAACAAAUUAAUAGCUUCUGAAAUUCCUACUAUAGAAAGGUCGGACACUCCCUGUGAAGGAAAUGAAGAGAAAUCUAAGAGGGCUCCGAGUGCCAUGUCUGCAAAGUCAAAUAUGUCAAAGAAAUCAAAAGUAUCUAAUGUCCCUGCUGAUGAAAAUAAUCACGAAAAGGAAGAGAGAACUCAUAGCCCCGUGUCUGUGAGAUCCAAUCGAUCUGCAAUCCCUGCUGUGACAAUUGAGGAAAGUGAAGACAGAGCGCCUACAGCCAUGUCGUCAAAGUCUAAGGUUUCAGCACGUUCAAAUAAGUCAACAACAUCGGAGCUUAAAGAAAAGAAAAGUGAAGUGCGGCCAAAAAGUUCUUUAUCUGUCAAGUCAAGUCUCUCAGUGAAAUCUCGAAAAUCCAAAGUAGCUGAUGAAUGUGUGGGAAAUAAAGAGGUGUCCUUUCAUGUUCCUGCUGUGGAGGAGACCAGUGUUUCGCCAAUAACUGCAGGGGAAGUUGUGAAUCCUGAAGAAGAGAGUAAGCCCACGUCAAGUUUGCACGAGGAAGAGAAACAAGAUACAGUCGAUAAGAGGAGCUGUAACUCUAAGAUGAGCAAGUCGAGCAGGCAAGACGCAAAACAGGACAAUGCAGAUGUUACAGCCAAACCAAAGUCUGUUGCAAAAUCUGCUGUGUCAGAAACCCGUCAGAGUGCACAGCAACCAAAAGGAAAUAAACGUCAUGUGAUUGGUCACGCAGAGUCGACUGAAAGCGAUUUGUCACAAGCUCUUUCCAGUUCAGUCAAUGAAAUGGGAGAGAUUCCAGCCCCUAAAGAAUCAAAAUCCAAUGUGAGGAUAACAAAUGGUCCGCUGGACGCUGCAGACAUUGGGGGCGUCAAAGAUAACAAAAGUGACAAAAGCAGCAAAUGGAAACACAAGAACACAAACGCUGAUGAUUUUGAGCUGGUCCCGUCCAACCUUCCAAAUACAUCCUCUACUGAGGUUGUGAAUGAAUGGCUGAAUUCAAUACCAGCAGACAGUGGUGCGUGUGUGUACGACAUGGAGGAAUUUAAUGACAACUGUGAUGGACAAAAAAAUGGAGAGAAAAUGAACAGAAAGGAGGAUAAUGAAAAUGACUCUGCAGCGGAGACUAAAAAAGACUCAAAUGAAGGAGUUGUGAUGAAUAGUGUCCCUAAUGAUGACUGCCAAACCAGCAAAGAGGCACCAAAUGCAGAUAACACUCAGAGAGAUGAUACCUCAAAGAUAUUUAACUCCUCCGUACAGGUGAUGAAAGUACUUUUAAGUCCAAAGCUCGACAGAUGCAACAGUUUACCAGAAAUGUCUCCUGUGUAUGGCCGUAAACUAAGCACUUCAGCCAGCGGUCUCCUGGAUUGCCUCGUGAAGCUGCAGUUAAUAGACCAUAAUCCUGAAAAUGCAAACGAAAAGGAUGAAAGAUACCGAGAGCUGAUGAAUAUUCUCCAAUCUCUUUGGCUUCGUGAUCCUCCAGAAAAUGAGCAUGUGUUAAAGACGUGUGAUCACCAUUCUGUGGACGGUGAAUUCAAUCACACGUCGUCCUCUGGCGUGGAUGUCAACAGUGGCUCCACGGGCUCCGGGAACAGUAGCGAUGGCGUGAAUGGUAACGCGUCUCAACCACAUAGGAGUGCAGAUACAUUAAGGAAAGUACAAGAAGUCUGUGAAGAUGAAGCAGAAGCAGAGUGCACAUCUGGGAGAGAUGUAGAGGAGGAAAAACAAAAGGAAGAGGAUCCGGCAACAGAUGAAACAACCAGAAGCGACGAUAGUCCGAGAGAACUAUCUGAUUCGCCGCCCUCCUCAAACGAGAGCUCAGGAAAUGACAGGAUUUCUCAAAAUCCCGAUCCUGUUUGGGUCUUAACCUUAUUAACUAAAAUAGAAAAGCAGUUCAUGACGCAUUAUAUCGACGCAAUGAGAGAGUUCAAAGACAGGUGGAACUUGGAUAAUAACGAGCAGCUGGACGUGAUGAUAAGUGAACUCAAAGCUGAAGUGCACAAAAGAAUCCAAGCAAGUAUAAACAGGGAACUGAGGAAAAUUCAAGGCCUACCGAGACCUCCUAAAGAAGCGAAGUCCCGCACUUCAACCACAAAAAAGGAAGAGAGAAGACGGAGGCUGAAGAUUAUGCUCAAACAAUCGAUUGAUACCCAAGCAGAAAAAAGCGACGAUUCAGCAACAGGCACGUCUUACAGUGACCAGCGCAGUGAAAACGACGAUGACUACUGUCCAUGUGAAACGUGCAUUACGAAUAAAAUUACGUCUAGGCCGCCACUUCCUGCAGAAGUCAGGAACGCUGCACCCAUUUUCAUGGAGUUUGACCUGAAGAGGAUUCUGAUGAUGAAGAGUGGUGAUCCUGGCAAUAUACCGGCAAUCACUUGUACAUCUCACACUGAAAAUGAUUCGGAAACAAAAGCAGCAGAAACACUUGUAGAAAAAGUUAUUGACAACGCUGUGAGAGAAAUGGAAGGGGACGAAGUACACCGUGAUAGUGAAGAUGACUUUGCAGUUGCAGCAGAUGACGUGUGUCAAGAAGAUGAGUCUGAAAACAAUGAAGCAGAAGAUGUUGCUGAAGAAACAGAAAAAGUCUUUUCUGUAGAUGAUAAUGAGGAAAUAAGUGAAACCGAAGAUGAAAGGGCAGAACAUGAGAUUGCGGACAUAGGCACGGUUGAAGAUGAAUCCCCGGUAGAGAAAGCGGGCACACAGCAGCUGGUGAAGGCAGAUAAGAACGAAUCGUCAAAGGAACCAGCCGACGAAGCAGAAACUGAAGAUGAGUUGGAUGUAGAAAGUGAGAUUGCUGUGGAGGAGUCGAAGGAAGAGGUCACUGAAGAUGAAAAUGCAGGAGAAGAGGAUGAUGUGGCAGCCACAACUGAAGAGGAGUGUGACAAAGAUGAGGCUGUGGAAGCAGAGAUGGUUGAUAAUGAUGAAGAAGUUCCUGCCAUGAGUGCAGAGGAGUCUGCAGAAGAGAACGAUGGCACAGCUGAGGUAUCGUCAAAAGAACAAGCUGAAGACGCACCAACUGAAGAUGAGAUUGCAGUAGACAAAGACAUUGCUGUUACAAGUGAGGAUGAACUUAAGGAAGAGGCGGCUGAAGAUGAAAAUGCAGAAGAGACCACUAUGGCAGCCACGAGUGAACAUGAAUCUGACAAAGAUGAGGCUGUGGAAGAAGGGACUAUCGAUGAAGAGGAGGAAAUUGCUGCCACGAGUGCAGAGGAGUCUGCAGAGGAGAACGAUGGCACAGCUGAUGAUUUGUCAAAAGAACCAGCUGAAGAAGCAACAAGUGAAGAUGAGAUGUCUGUAGAAAAAGAGAUCACAAGUGAAGAUGAAUCAAAGGAAGAGACUGCUGAAGAUGAAAUUGCAGCACAAGAGGCUUCUGUGACAGCCUUAACUGAGCAUGAAUCGGACACAGAAGAAGCUGUGGAAGCUGGGACGGCUGAUAAUGAAGAAGAGAUUUCUGCCGCCAGUGAAGAUGAAUCAAAGGAUGAUAUUGCAGCAGAAGAGACUGCUGUGGAAGCCUUUACUGAGCAUGAAUCAGAUGAAGAAGAAGAAGCUGGGACAGCUGAUAAUGAAGAAGAGAUUUCUGCCGCCAGUGAAGAUGAAUCAAAGGAUGAGAUUGCUGAAGAUGAAAUUGCAGCAGAAGACACUGCUGUGGAAGCCUUUACUGAGCAUGAAUCAGAUGAAGAAGAAGAAGCUGGGACAGCUGAUAAUGAAGAAGAGAUUUCUGCCGCCAGUGAAGAUGAACUGAAGGAAGAGGCUGCUGAAGCCGCCACAGCAGAAGGUGAAAAUGCAGAAGAAGAGGUUGAUGUGACAUCCACAAGUGAACAUGAAUCUGAUAAAGAGGCGGCUGUGGAAGAGGACAUGAUUAAUGAUGAAGAAGAGCCUGCUUCCAUAAGUGCAGAUGAGAACGAUGACAGAGCUGAUGAAUUUUCAAGGGAACCAGCUGAAGAAGCAACAACUGAAGAUGAGCUUGUUGUAGAAAAGGAGAUUUCUGUUACAAGUGAGGACGAACUUAAGGAAGAGGCUGCUGAAGCUGCCACUGCUGAAGAUGAAAAUGCAGAAGAGACCACUAUGGCAGCCGCAAGUGAACAUGAAUCUGACAAUGACGAAGCUGUGGAAGAAGACAUUCUGGCCACCACUGCAGAUGAGAACAAUGACACAGCCACAGCUGAUGAAUCGUCCGAAGAAAUUGAAAAAACAGAGACUGAAGAUGAGCUUGCUGUAGAAAAGGAGCUUGAGGAAGAGGCUGCUGAAGCUACUGCUGAAGAUGAAGAUGAAAAUGCAGAAGAGACCACAAUGGCAGCAACACGUGAACAUGAAUCUGAAAAGCAUGAGGCUGUGGAAGAAGGGACUGUCGAUGAUGAGGAAAUUGCUGCCACAAGUGAACAUGAAUCUGAGGAGGCUGUGGUAGCAGAGGCAGUUGAAGGCGUGGAAGAGGCUGCUGCCACCAGCGAUGAUGGUUCUGCAGAGAGUGUAGUUGCCACCACAAAUGAAGAUGAAACUGCAGAUGAGAACAAUGCCACAGGUGAGGAAUUGUCAAAGGAACCAGCUGAAGAAGCAAUGACUGACGAUGAGCUUGCUGUAGAAAAGGAGCUUAAGGAAGAGGCUGCUGAAGCUACUGCUGAAGCUGAAGAUGAAAAUGCAGAAGAGACCACAAUGGCAGCCACAAGUGAACAUGAAUCUGACAAAGAUGAGGCUGUGGAAGAAGGGACAGUUGAUGAUGAGGAGGAGAUUGCUGCCAAAAGUGAACAUGAAUCUGAAAAGGAUGAGGCUGUGGAAGAAGGGACAGUUGAUGAUGAGGAGGAGAUUGCUGCCAUGAGUGCUGAUGAGAAUGACACAGCCACAGCUGACGAAUCGUCAAAAGAACCAGCUGAAGAAGCAGAAACUGAAGAUGAAAAAGAAAUCACGAGUGAAGAUGAAUCAAAGGAAGAGCCUGAUGAAGAUGAAAUUGCAGCACAAGAGACUGCCACAGCUGACAAUGAAUCUGACAACGAAGAAGCUGUGGAAGAAGAUAUUCUGGCCACCACUGCCGAUGAGUCUGCAGAUGAGAACAACGCCACGGCCACAGCAGAUGAAUCGUCUAAAGAACCAGCUGAAGAAGUUGAAACUGAAGAUGAGAUGGUUGUAGAAAAAGAGAUCACAAAUGAAGAUGAGUCAAAAGAAGAGAUUGCUGAAGAUGAAAUUGCAGCCGAAGAGGCCACCACUGAACAGGAGGCUGUGGACGCAGGGAUGGUUGAUGAUGAAGCAGAGACUGCUGCCACCAGUGAUGAUGAUAUAGAAGAAGAUGCCACCAACAAUGAUGAUGGAGCUGCAGAGGAGAAUGAUGUCUCAGGUGAUGAAUUGUCAGAGGAACCAGCUGAAGCAGCAACAGCUGAAGAGACUGCGACAGAAAAAGAGAUGGAUGUCAUAAAUGAAGAUGAAUCAAAGGAACAGACUGCUGAAGAUGAAAUCGAAGCAGAAGAGGCAGCCACAACUGAAAAUGAAUCUGACAACGAGGAAGCUGUGGAAGAAGACCCAAAGGAAAACCUUGCAGAAGAAAAUACUGCAGAAGACUCCAAUGUGGCAGCCGCGACUGAAGAUGAAUCUGACGAGGAUGAGGCUGCCACGAACGAUGAAGAUGAAACUGCAGACGAUGAUGGAGCAGCGACAGCUGAAGAUGAAAGCGCUGUGGAAAAAGAUAUUGAUGUCACAAGUGAAGCUGAAAAUAACAGCGCAGCAGAGCAGGCUGAUGUUGAAGCUACAACCGAACAUGAAUCUGACCAGGAUGCAGCUGUGGAAGCCACCAGUGCAGAUGAGUCGGAGUCAGAUGAGAAGGAAACAGCUGACAAAGCAACAAGUGAAGAUGAGAUUGCCGAAGAAAAAGAGGUCGCUGUCACCAGUGAGGAUGAACUGAAGGAAGAAGCUGGUGAAGAGGAGAAUGCAGCAGAAGAUGUGGCCGCCACAAGUGAAAAUGAAUGUGACGAAGAGGAGGCUGUGGAAGCAGGGACAAUUGAAGAUGUGGAAGAAGCUGCUGCUGGAGAUGAUUCUGCAGAAGGAGCGGAUGCCACCACAAAUAAUGAUGAAACCACAGAGGAGAAUGAUAACACAACCAAAGCUGACGAACUGCCAAAAGAAGCAUCCAAAGCAGCAACAUCUGAAGAUGCGGUUGCUAUGGAAAAAGAGGCUGUUACAACAGAUGAGGAUGAUGCCAAGGAGGAGACUGUUGAGGUAGCCACAGACAAAGAAAAUUCAGGUGAAGAGGAAAUCAGUGACGCUGAUAAUGAAUCAAAUGAAGAGGCUGAACCUGAAUCUGCAAUAGAAGAAAGCUCCAAAGCUGUGACUGAGAAUGAAUCAAAGGAAGAGAGCGAUGAAACAGCCACGGAUGCAGAUGAAUCAACAAACAACGCAACGACAGAUGCAAACGAGACCGCAGGAGAAGAGCAUUCAGAAACCAAGCCUGAGAACGAGACAGCGGAUGAAAGUGCAGGAGAAGAUGAAGAUGCAAAAGAGGAUCAAGUGGCUACAGAUGACAACGAGACUUUAAGUGAGUCAGAACAUGUUGAAGUGGCAUCGGUUGAAGAGCUCCGUGACACAGAACCAUCUGAAAAAAUAGCAGAAAGCAGUGCCGCUGAAGAAUUGGCUCAAGAAGAAGAAAAAGGUGAGGAAGAAGAUGAUAACAAACCUCACAAUGGGGAAGUAGAAGAAGGUGAAACAACUGGAGAGGAAUCAGAAAAGGCUGAUGAUGAGGGAGAGGAAUCUGCUGAUAAUGAAAGUGUGAGGGAAUCUGGAGCAACGGGUGAAGAUUGCACAGAGGCUGCAGCAACAGGAGAAGAGACUGAAGAAGGCGAAACAGCAGAAGAAGAAUCGAAAGAGCCUGAAAUGACAGGGAAUGAGGUUACUGAAUGUGACGGUGGGGACGAAUGUGGAGCAGAUGGUGCAUCUGCAGGAGAGGAGGUUGGAAAAGGAGGGGAAGAAUCCAUCGAUAACACAGGAGAUGAAUCUGCAGAAGGUAACGCAGAGCAACUUACAGGAGAAGAAGAAAGUGACAUGACCGAUGCUAUUACCGAGAGAAACGAUGAAACAGAGGGGCCCGAUGACAACGAAGAUAACAAAGUAGUGGAAGAUGAAGAUCAACAAAGUGUGACACAAUGUGAACGUAUUAACAUCCCAAAUGGAAGCCACGAUAACGAUGAAGAUGUCGAGGCAUCCGAAAAAGAGGAGGAGGAGGAAACUGAGGCAGCCAGUGAGGGGGGAAAUCUGGGAGAUUCAGCUGACGGAGAAGAUGAAGCAGAGGAAGAUGACGACGAACCAGACGAAGAUUCAGACAAACCAGAGGAAGAUUACGCAGGAUGCAAUGUCUGGGGACCCCAACAGGGGCUGUACACAAGCAUCCGCCGAGCCCUGGGAAGAAAACAAGGGCUGAUGGAAAACCAGAAGAAGGGAGCAUAA